UUUUGUAGUGACACAGAAAGCCAACAUGGACGCAGUAUCCCAGCGUAUUUUGGAAUAUUUAACAGAAGUAGAGGAGGCAGCCGAGGAUGUUCUCACUACAAAACAGCAGAUAGUAGACCUGGACACAAAGAGAAACAGCAACAGAGAGGCUCUGAAUGCACUGAAAAAUGAAAUACCCAAAACAGAAAAAGUGAAGGUUUGCUUGGGUAACAUGUUCAUCAAAUUUCCAAACAUGAAGACAAGAGAGAUGAUUCAGAAAGACCAAGAGCAGCUGGACAAGGAAAUAAAUGACCUUCGCAAAGCACUGAAAGCGAAAGUCAAUCAUCUCAAUGAGAUCCAAGGAAAACCUGAGCUGAGAGGCUACAGUCUUUCUCCUCUGUCUUCUGAUGAACUCAAAGCCAUUAAUGGGCUUUUAAAGAGAUAGCAUCUCUAUUCUGGACUACUGAAUGUGUCUGAGUGCAGAAGGAUGAAGAGAAACAUCUCUCUUUCACUGAGGGAUCAUGGAAGCCAAGGGACAGUAUGAUGACCACGAACCUGCCUCCUGGAUGGUCAACAAAACAGAUAAAACGGACAUUUUUGAUACCAGCCCACAGGAGACUUUUUGUCAAAGACAUUUACUUGUGAAAAGGAACAUUUAUACAGAAUUCUGUAAAGAAUUUUAUUCAUAUUUCCACCCAUGUCUUCAUUGAACAUUGUUUCGAAAGUUCAUUGCAUCUUUUUCACCACUGCAUAAUUAUCCUCUUACUGAGUUACGCUGUUCAAAGGUUUGUGUUUGAGUAAAAUUAAAGUUGUGGUUUUACAAUUCUCCAACUUCCAAAUAAAAUACUCCUUUUCCACA